UCGAUCCAGUCUUGUGGUUUUUUACUUUGAAUCACAACCACAUCACUUCUGGGUAAAAGAGAAGAGAGGAAAUCUAAGAUGUGCUGCUGGCUGAUGCAGCGUUGCACACACCUGUCUGUGCAGCUGUGUGUACGACCACAGCUGGAUGACAGUCAGUCAGUUGGACUGGAUUUGGUGGAUUCUUUUGAAGGAGAACCAUUUCUUUGUUGUCACAAACGAGGCUUCAAUGAAACCAGACCAGUUUUCCGUGGCUCAUUGUGUGCGCCUCUCUCCUGUCUCUGCAGUUCUUCCUGAGACUUCCUCGUUCCUGUUCCACCUGCUGCUUCUGACUGAGCUGUUAGUCCGAUCUUCAUCUCUUCCCAUCCGCAGCUCCUCCCACUGUGGAUUUUUUGGAUCGAUGAUCCAUCAGGUGGAAAGUUUGAUGAAUUUAUCGAGAAAAAUCCAUCAGCUGAGAACAGAAGACCUCGAACACUUUGAAGAUGCCAAAUUCAGUCUGGAUAGCCUUCCUGACUUGUAUCACACUGCUGGCCAUCUUAAGUCAUUGAAGGUUAAUGAAUCCUUCACUCAGAUGUAUGGAUACACUCAGUCCUUCAAACUGCAUAUCGACUGGUUGAAGGUUGCUAAAGAAAAUGUCAGUUUGCCUUUCCAGACAGAAGAGGGCGCCAGCUCUCAUCUUCUGCAGUUGUCCAACCUCAUUGAAAAAUGUUUUCAUCCGCAAAACAAUGAGGCUCUUCCGUCAACGGCACCCAACCUUCCUGUUGUCUCCAACGCCUUUGAUGCCCUUGUGUACUCUGUAGAAAUUUCUGACAGGUUAAAAGUUUUCUGUGUGUGGUCAAAAAGAGUCUUACGGUACUUCCAGAAGCAUUCUUAAAAAAAGGUCUUGCAGCCUUUUCGGAGGCAGUCCUGCUAUUCUAGACAGUGUAAGCCUUAAAGGGCAUUAAAACAUCUUCCACAAAAAAACCACUGCUAACUCCAGAAUGUUUUUAAGCAAUAUUAUGUCAUGUUAGUGGACUACCUCAAGAUGGCAGCAUUAGGUAAUCUGCUGUGGUGGUUCUGACCCAAACAUCUCAGCUACAACCCACUGGAUUACUAUGAAAGCUUAAAUAAGGAUAAAAAUACUUUUUAUUAAUUUUAUUAUCCACUUUUUUCUAAGCCCAGCUGUAGUUUAGAAAUGUGAUUUUCCAAAAGAUUCCCCAUAUUGACAAGACUGUAAAAACUAAGAAAACUUAACGUUUUAUGCAUUUUUUCUGCAAAAAUGUCAGUUUGCUUGGUUUUAUCAACAGAAGUGAAAUGGUGAGAAUAAGGAACCAGUCUGGCAGCUUCAUUCACUCUAGACAUGAUUUUGGUUUGCAUUUGAUUAAAGUAUUUAAAUGAUAUUUUCUAAAUGAUUUAAGAAUAAUUUUACCAUGCUUAAUGAAAAGCUACUCUCACUGCAUUAUGACAAUUUUAGUUCAUAUACAUAAUUGACAUAUUAGGUUUCAAUCAUCACAGAGGACUGAAAAAAGUUUUUUUUUUUUUUGCAUUUUUGCCUUUUAUCCAUAUGUGAAAAGUAUUUUUAGAUAAAAAGUUUUAGAAAUAGAUAAACUGAGAAGAUACAGAAAUUAUAGUCUAUUUUUCUUAGACCGUUUUGCAUAUAUCUAAAUAUCACCCACUGGAAACAAACAAAUAUGCCCAAUUUCUUAUUAUUUUUCCUGCGCUUCUGCCAUCAUUAUGCAUCAGCUGUGCUGUGAUUAAUAAUCAAUAACAAAAGGUUUAAAAAGGUUGCUUUCAGUUAUUUUACCAGAAUUUCCAGCAUUGCUCAGACUGUUCUUUGCUUGAAUGUAUUUCUUUUGCUGGUAUCAACAUCACUAACCAUGAGUGUGGCAUGACUGUUUCACCAUCUGAUUGAAUGUUUGCCAAAUGGAAAGAAAUGUCUGUUUAAGAAAUGUAUGAUGAAUAGUGUUGAUGCAUAAAUCUAUGCAAAGGGCUUCUUAAUGCUAGUAGUAUCAGAACCAUCUCCAUUUGAUGUGACUGAGAUCAGUGGUGCGUUGUUUACAAAGUAUUUUUUUGAACAGGUUGUCAUAUGAAUUUCUUUUAAAGGAAAGCAGAAUGUAGGUUUAUCUUGUAGGCUUGAGGAAAUGUAUAUUUUUCUUUUACAUGUAGCCAUUUGAACUGUACUCAUGCACUGUGCCGAGGUAGUGUCACCUUCGACCUUUACUCCCACUGAGACUGUUUACACUCACAGUGCCUGCCAGGUGUUGAUCAGAAUGAUGAACCGAGUGAUACGAAAUAUGGAUUCUGUAAGAACUCUUGUGUUAUAUUUUUUUAACCUAUUUAGAAUGCUAUUUAUCAGUUUUUAUAUUUUGUAUUUCAGCUUUGAGAU